AUGCAGAAAGUAACACCAACGCCGCGAACCUGGACGCUACGCUUCAAGCACCAGCGUGCAACAAUUCUGCUCGAAGUAGAUCCGCUGCAGCGAUUCUCCGACAUCAGAGCUGAGCUGCUUCAUGCUAUUGAAGAGACCAACCCGUCCGGCAUGCUCAAUGGCCAAGAGAUUCCCAGGAACCCAGACCACAUCAAGCUCGGACGAGCAGUCGACCGCAACAACCUGAGCCUUGGUUACACUUCGAUCGGUAAGACAUUGGAGGAGGAAGGCUCCAGUACACGCAAGGGAAAGGGCAAGAGUGCCGUCAUGGCAGCUUCCAACUCAGAAGCUGGCCAGCUGAAAGACUGUCCCCAGGGUGCGGGCUUCAGGAGUGGAGACGUGGUUGCCUUCAAAUUUCAAAGUUACGAGGAACCAGAAGACGAGGGAGAAUCGGCCGAGAAGUGGGAAGUGACCGUGCCGACCAUGGAGGAGACAUACGGCGCUGAGGACGAAGGCGUUGGUCUGGAAGAAGAAGGAUGA